AUGGCGGAAGGAUACAACACCGACGUCCUUAUGGACGACGGCACCAUGAUCCACACCACCGUGACGUCCUCGUCCCUCGACGUCCAGCGCUUCAUCGAGGAGGUGCAGGGGUCCCAGAUCCGCAUCGCCGGCCUGGACGCCGAGUGGCGCCCCAACCGCACUAGAGGCGCCCAGCAGUACCCAAUCGCCGUCCUCCAGCUCUGCGUCGACCGCCGCUGCCUCGUGUACCAGAUCAUCCACGGCACCGGCAUCCCCAUCUCGCUGUGCAGCUUCCUCUACCUCUCCGGCUUCACCUUCGUCGGCGUCGGGAUUGCCGACGACGCGAAACGCCUGCGUGACGAGUACAGCCUUUUGGUGUCCAACGCGGUCGACCUGAGGGAGCUGGCGGCGAACUCGUCGCAUCGGCCACGGCCGGAGCUGCGGCGGGCCGGGCUGAAAGACUUGGCGCUCGCGGUAAUGGGGCCGCGCAUCGCGAAGCCACCAGAGGUGACAAUGAGCGACUGGGAGGCGCCGUCGCUGUCCAGGGAGCGGUCGACUCAUUAG